GGAAGCUUAAAACCCAAGUGGGUCCCACAGUUCCAUUGGCAGAUCGCCUAAUUAAACAAACAGAUAGAUGAGCUGCUGAGCUGUUGGUCUGUGUUUAAGAAAAAACCUUGACUCAACUCAUCACUCACUCAGUCUCAAAUACCAUUUGUCGAUGAUAUCGUGAAGUACUUUUGGUUUUCUUUGGUAUUAUCGAACCUACAGAUUAGAAAACAAAAAACAAAACAAAUUCCUCUCUUCGAUUUCAUCGCUACUUUUUUGGUACUAAAAUCUGUCGACUCUUUUUGUGAAGGUUUUUAGAUCUUAAUUCAAGAAGGAAAUUGAGAGAUUAGAUUUCUUGUUGUAUUCGUAGAUUAUUUGUCAUGGCUUCCUUUACUGUUCCAUGCCCUAAGUCAUUAUCAUCUUCAAUUUUAGCUUUGAGUGGAUCUAGACCACAAGAUUCACAACAAUCUAAUAAGAUCUCAUUUCCUUCCAAAUCAAAGGCUUCUUCCUUCUUAUCUGGAUCUUCUUCUUUAGAUCAAUCUACUUCUUUCAAAUUCCAGGGAUCUAACUCGAGCCAAUCCACUGUCUGGAAGGUUCAGGCUCAGCUGAAUGAUGUUGCUGUUGCAAAAUCCUCAAAUUCCAUUGCGGCUCCUGCAACUAAGCCAGUUCCAUCAGAGGAAAACAAGAAGGAAGCUGAAGUCGAGGAAGUUCCAGAUGCAUCUUCCAUUUCGGCAUUCAUGACUCAAGUGUCUGAACUGGUCAAGCUUGUUGAUUCUAGGGAUAUUAUGGAGUUGCAGCUAAAGCAACAAGGUUGUGAACUCACAAUAAGGAAAAAGGAGGCUUUGCCUCAGCCACCAGCUCAAAACCCUGUUAUGAUGCAACACUCUUCCCCUCAACCCAUGUAUCACUCUCAACCUCCCCAGUCAUUUGCACCUGCUCCUGCUCCUCCUACUCCUUCAGCUGCUCCUCCAGCUUUACCUGCCCCUGCAAAGUCAAGCAAGUCCGCACAUCCACCCCUGAAAUGUCCAAUGGCUGGAACCUUCUAUCGAGCUCCUGGUCCUGGAGAACCACCAUUCAUUAAGGUGGGAGAUAAGGUUAAGAAAGGACAGGUCAUUUGCAUCAUUGAAGCCAUGAAACUGAUGAAUGAAAUUGAGGCCGAUCAAUCAGGAACUGUAGUCGAGAUAAUUGCUGAGGACGGAAAGCCGGUUAGCUUGGACACGCCUUUGGUUGUCAUCGAGCCAUGAAAGUAGGAAUUCGCGCUUAUUUGUAGGAGAAACAAGCUGAUCAUAUUUUGAAGUCUAGGCUAUUCAGGUUUCAGAUUGUUUGAGAUUUCAAUUAUUAUUUCUCUCAUCUGUAUUAGCUAUAUUUUUAGUUAUGAACUUGAACAUAAAGCUGAAAGCUUAUUUUUAUUUUCUUCUUUUUUGUUUCCAUCAGUGUAGUACUAGCCAUUAAAUUUUCCUAAGAACUUAUAAAUGCGUGCUUCGAGUGCUGAGUUUUCAAAUAUGUCCAUUAGAUAAAACACAAUAUUUUGUUGUUUUUUUCA